AUGGCGCCCUCCUCGAACGCACCGUCGCCUUUGAUGCCGCGGUCGCCGUCGAAUAUAAAUGCAAAUAUGUCACCAUCAAGAGCCAAGUCGCUCGCAAUGAGGAAAUCAAUACCCAAAGCUCAAUCUUCAGCACCGAACCCGCCUGCACACCGACCGCCGGCGGACUUCGAUAUGGCUGAGCAAAUGAAUGAGGAUAUCAGCAACAAGUAUGUUAAAGGGAAGAAGCUGGGUGAAGGAACGUAUGCCAUUGUUUACAAAGGCCAUUUAAGAUCAGAUCCGAGUACGCUUGUUGCGAUCAAAAAGUUCAAAGUGGAUCCUUCGCAGCAGCGGGAAGGGCUCAACGUCGACACGAUCCGCGAGAUCAAAUAUCUCCAAGAGAUCUCACACCCAAGCAUCGUUGCCCUGUUGGACGUGUUUUCUUCCAAAGACCAAAACAUCAACAUGGUCAUUGAGUAUUUUCCCAACGGCAAUUUGGAAGAGCUCAUCCGUGACAAGACCGUGAGCUACGGCGCUGCCGAUGUCAAGGCAUGGAUGGGGAUGCUGUGUCGCGCCAUAUACUACUGCCAUUCCAACUUCAUUUUGCAUCGAGAUAUCAAACCAAACAACCUCUUGAUCGCCGCAGAUGGGGAAGUGAAGCUGGCAGAUUUUGGCCUGGCACGGUCCUUUGGUGAUCCACGGUAUCAAAUGACUUCCGCGGUAAUCACGCUUUGGUACCGUCCUCCAGAAUUGCUCUUUGGCGCAAGACAAUACAGUGGUGCAGUCGACAUCUGGAGUAUUGGAAUGGUCUUUGCCGAGCUUCUCAUUCGAAGACCGUACGCUGCAGCAGAUGUGGCAAAUCAAGAAGUGCUAGCAACAGGUGGAGGGACGGUCGCCCAACUCGACAAAAUCUGCGAGGCUGUCGGGACGCCAAACGAAGAAAACUGGCCAGGAGUCUCCAAGCUAAGGGACUAUUUCGAGCUGGAAAAGAAGAUCCCCGUCCGCGAGAAACCGUUCUACAUGCAGAUGUUCCCAACAGCAGGGUCGGUUGGCGUCGAUCUGCUCAUGGCCAUGCUGAAACUGGAUCCCCGGAAGAGAGUGACGGCAAGAGGGGCCUUGGAGCAUGAGUGGUGGAGGAUCGAUCCCAGACCGACCAGCAAGGAGAACCUCCCGAAGCAAGGCGGCGGUGCUUCGAAGAUGGCUGCUGCAGAGGUGGCGGCUCCUGGGUUUGUCGUCGACGAGAACAAGUUCAAGGGCGUGGCCAAGAAGCUUGACUUCGGAGCCACCUAG